AUGAGGUGCAUUUUGUCGCUUUUUAGUUUUAACGCUCUCGCUCAGCCAGAAUUGGAACCCGGGGUUCAAAAAUCGAGACGAAGGAUUGAUCCGUCUUGUCCUGAUGCUGAUCUUGGCGAAUUAUGCGACGAAGACUGCUUUGAAAAAUGGAUCAAAUGUAAAGAUGGCUGUUUUAGCUCUUCUUGCGAGCGCCAAUGCGCUGGAGAAUGGACCGAUUGCUACCGAGCUUGCCCGUGUGACGAGCUCUGCCCAAACGGCUGCCAGAGCUGCGCGAAUCCAAUUUGCAGCUGUAAAAGCCCUGAGAAUGACCAGUAUUUCAAACAGUGCCUUAAAGAGGCGCGGAGAAGAUUGGACGAUUGUUUCGAAUCCUGUACGACUAAUAAGACUUGUUAUGAUGGUUGCUAUGAUGUGUUUGAAGAAGAAAAGAGCUUCUGCCCAUGCAUGGAAAAUUGUCCGAUGGGCUGUUCUUGUGAUUGCGGUUUCGAAUGCCAGCCUUAUGUGACAGUGCUUUGCCAGGGGGACAGAUACCUCGAUUUACCAAAUUUCAGUUAUUUGAUUUCUGCUGAUGGAAGUUUCAAGGAAAAACGACAUUAUGAGUCUCCUUUGGAGUAUAAUGGAUAUCUUUUUGCGUCUGGUCAUGCAAUUUUUAAAGGAGAAGUUUACUUUUUUGGAUCAUUCUUAGGUCAAAGAAAAAAGAUUUCAAAAUUAUCUGGCUGUAAGAUUAUCAAUACUGGAAUCGAACUUGUAUAUUUUUUCGACGCUGUUGACGGAUCCCUCGCGACUGUUUCUGCUGGAACUGAGUCAGUUAUUUUAUGUAGAGGUUUCUCAGCUGAUUGCGAGAGCUUUGACGGAGAAAGAUCUCAAUCUAUAAGUUCGACACAAAUCACUCAUAAAUGUUCUUGCAUGGUAGAACUUGAAAAUGCCCCGAUGAUUAUUGGUUCUUUUUAUCCGUCUUCAAAUCGUGUAGAAAUUCUAACUUCAAGCGGUUGGCAAGAUACAACUCCUCAUCCUCAUUCGAUUUCUGAUCAUACUUGUCUGUCUGUCUCAAAUGGAGUUCUUACAAUUGGUGGAUUAUUGUAUGAUUACGACGAAUGGACUAAUACGAAAAAUGUUUAUCUCUUUCGAAAUGAUCAGUGGACAAAAGUCGGUGUUUUGCUUUCAAAUUUUCCUUUUGCGUCUUCAAUAUAUUUGGGUGAUUAUUUUCUUGUUUUUGGCGGAUAUGAAACCCGUAAGGUCGAGAGAGCAAUGUGGGAUGGUCAGAACGUAACAUCAUCGAUGAUUAUUAACGAGCAUGAAGGAAGCUGUUAUCGGCCGAUUAUCUUCGAAUCCGAUCCAGAUUCCUGUGCAGAAGGCUGCGACGAUUUCUGUUACUAUCAAUAA